CUAUUAAUAUUGUAUUUACAUAAUAAGGCUAAAACACCAAUACAUGAAUUAUCAAGUCUAGUGAAAUCAAUAUACAUAUAUUUUAUUUUUUUUCUUAAUCAUUGAAAUAAAAAUAUCUAAAAAUUUCGUAGAAGGACGUGGCACCAGUGAUUGGCCAAACAUCCCGCCCUUUAUUCUGCGUCACUUGCUGAGCAAGCUAACAUUCUAGGAGCACCGACGGCAACAGUCUGUAAGGUUCCUAAAUCACCCUUUUAGCAUCAACAAUUUGCAUGGACUCAUGACUCAUCCGCUUCUAAGUCGCAACGAUCGGGCGGUCGGAGGAGGGGUAUUUUAGACAUUAUGACAAAGAAAUAACCGCUGCUGGCUGUUUUCCCCAAACAUGAAAAGGAAAAAGAAAAAGAAAAGACAAUCAGGAGCUCGCUUCAUCGAAGAAAAGAAAAUUACUUGGAAAGUGUGCGGAUUGUGAUGUAUUUCCAGUCCACUGGUCGAAAUCAGAGACCCAGAGGGUCUCAUGUCAAUCAGGGCUUUCAGCUUAUGUUGAUUUCAGCCAUUUGUAUCUGGUUGCUGUACCAAAUGAAGAAUUCAAACUCCACAAAGGAUGAUAGGAGUUUAUUAGCCAAGUUCAGUAAAGGAAACAGUGUUUUGAAUUUGGGACGCAAAGGGGAUGUGGAGUUGAGUUAUAAAACUAUGUAUAUGUCUGACCCAAAAGAUGUAAUUCUUGAAGCAGGAGGAAAGCAGAAAGAUAGAGGUGGUGAAGAUGAUGAGUUGGAUGGAAUUGUUAAUGAGAAGGGGGAAAAUGAAUCUCCAGACAAGCGAAUUGAAUACAUUCAUGGGCAUGACAAGACUGAUGCAGAGGAGGGGAAGAAAAUGGAGCCAGACAAAGACAAUAUAAUCUGUCAGCUAAUAGUGAAAAUAUUGAAAUCGAAAUGAGAGAUGAGGAUAACAAAGUUUUCAGUGAUGAUAAUUCACAAGAAGGACUAGAAAGUUUAAAGAGACUCGUGUCCAACCUUGAUGGGGGAAGGAAUGAGAAGGACCAGAAAAGGCCAAGUAGUUCUGAUGAAAGAGGACAUAAGAGUGGUGCUAAUAAUCUUGUCGAGCAAGGAGAUGAGAAGGACUUGGAAAGACACACUAAAGAACUACAAAGAGAUGAGGAGAUAAGUAUUGAUGCUCUUAAGCAAGGCAAAGAUGAAGAAACAGGUUCAAGAAGAGAGAAUGGUGAAGAUAAAGACCUCAUAAGUAAGGACAUAAACAAGCAGGUGAAUAGUACAGAGAAUGUAACUAUUUUUGGCCAGAAUGAAGUAGGAAACGGAUUACAUGGCUUUCAUGAUGAGAAUGGUGUUCCUCAAGGAGACAAUGAUCUUGUAGAGUUCACAUUGGCUAAGUCAAGAGAUAGUCAAGCAAACAAUAUUUUACAUCAAGAAACCAUCUCAAGUUUGAACCAUCGAAACAAGAUCACUGAAAGACCUCAUAUUAAAGAAGUUGCAUCUAAAUCAGAUAGAAAUGCUACUGAUGCUGAGACAAAAACUCAGAGCCAAAAAGAAGGCUCAAAAAGUGGUGCAAUGUUAGAUGUGGGAAUCAAUUCUGACGCCAAUUUUUGAAAUUCAGAAAUAGCACAAGCAAGAUGGUCUAGUUAGAAGAACAUAGAAGAAUUAGAUAAGCUUGGGAUAAGAAGAGUAUAAUAUGUGAUAUUAUCACUUCAUUUUCUUUGAGGCCGCAUAGUUUGAGACCCUCGAUGUAAUGUAAGGCUUUUAUACUUUGACCUUCCGGACUGACAGUAUCAUGUAUAGUUACAGCUGUAGGUGUCACCUGGUGAAAUCAUGGUGCAUGUAUGUUGCAUUCAAUCACCUUUUGCCCCCAAACACUACUUCACGAAUAAUUUCAGUUUCAACUACAGCUUAUGCAGCAAGAACUUUCAUCCUUCUAUAUAUAAGAUCACCGGUGCAAUGCUUCCAUCUUCGCUGCUAUUAAAAACUAGACUGAUGGAAUACUCUACCUUAAUUAUGGAACCCAUCGUUUAUUGUUUUCAAAACUUACAUCAUCCUUGCCGGAGGACCUGGACAAUUGUUGUUGUUGUUGUUGUGGACCUGCUUGAGGUGCAGAGGUACAUCGUGGUAAUUGUGUGGCUUGUGUCAUAAUGGGAUUCCGGUAGUUGAGGUAUACUGCUGCUCAGUUGCUUGUAUUACAAUGACUGCAAGACACAACUGGAAUUCAGAGUCUACCGCUGAUGGACUAUGACUACAGCUGUUAUCUGAACAGCUAAGAGCAAUGCCGCCUUCACCACUAUCGGGCUGCUAAUCAGUUACGGUGAAUUAGGACUGCUAGAACUUCUAACAAGUGGAAGAAAGCUUUUCAGUUGUGAACAGAGGCUGCAAUAUUGGAAGGGAAGUGAAGGAAACAUGGAGUAACCAUCAAUUAAUAAAAUAUGAACGGGCCAGGGUGUUUGGAUCUGGUUGAAGCUAAAAGCUUGAUCCUUGUCGUGUUGAUUGCCAAUGAAAUGACAGACCUUUUCAGCUGGAAUAUUUACGCAUCAGUAUUUUGACUUGUCUCUGAUUGCUUCAAUUUUAUGCCGAAGCUCGUUAUUGCGUUUAUUUUAGGUUUUGGCCGACAACGUCCCAAAAAACCCUGAUUCUAUCAGGUCGCUGAAUACUGAUAUUUUUCCGACUUAUAUGACUUUGGGAUUGCUUCAUUGAGGCUGCUUUGGCACCAUUGAAGGUAUGAACAUUGCUUUCCUAAUGCUAAAUAUGGUCAGUUUGUACCAAGUUUGUUGGAACACAAUUUAUGAGCUAGAAGCUUUUGGGCCUGGUGACACCGGUCCCGCCGAAGUGAUAGUGGUUGGGUGGUCUCAAUCUUGGAUCGAAAUGUAUUUGUCGAUAUCUUACUCAGUAGUAUUCAUUAGGAUUUUGCCUUGCAGUAGUUGAUUAGGUAAAGUUUUUGGAUCCCUUUUGGUCUCAUGGCUCGUAAAAAUUUCCUGGCAAAGAAAAGAACCAUUUUUCCAUUCCA